AUGUUGUCCGUUACCCCACAGGCCGCGACAACCUUCACCCACAAGGAUAUCAAGGCGACCGAAGCCAUAGUAUCCGUCGACGAAGUGACUUUGAAGGAUACUCAGUGGGUCUUACAGAACUCGCCAUAUCGCAUCCUUAGUGAUGGACUUCAAUUUCCCAAUGAAGAUCAAUACUUCUGGUGGGAAGUUGUGGCUCCAACCAUCCAGGACCUCAUGACAAAAUCCGAGUACGACAUCGCUCAUCAAUACCAGCACUUGAUUUUCAUUUAUCGCUACAUUCUCCCGGGACUCGGCCCUCGUCCCAAGGCCAAUGGACAGCCCCACUGGCGCUCUUUCAUGACCGACGACCACUCUCCCCUCGAGGUCAGUGUCAAUUUCCAUGACAGCAAGGCCACCGUUCGCUUAGGCUUCGAGCCAAUCUGUGAUCUAGCCGGCACUGAGCGGGAUCCCUCAAACCGGCUAGCAAGCCAAAGGUUUCUGAAUACACUUAAGAAGGAAGAGUGGCUCGGCAUCAAUCUCACCUGGUACCAGCACUUUGCUCAGGAACUUCUAGUCGCCCCCGAGCAUAUGCCAGCCGUCUUGGCCAAAUUCCCAUCCCAUGAGCACCAGACUCAAAACAUGUUCGCUUUCGGCUUUUGCGAAGGCCAAGCCCCGAUGCAGGCUUAUAUCAUGCCGUUGCUAAAAUCAGUCGAAACGGGCAUCUCCCCAAGCCGCUUGAUAUUCGACGCUAUUUUGAAACUCGACCGCGUGGAAGCCCCACUUGCUCCAGCCCUAGCCCUGAUCGAGGCAUAUAUGGCGUCGCACCCAGAAGUGCGGGCAGAGGCUGUGGCUCUGGAUUGUGCCGACCCACACAAAUCCCGAAUCAAGCUGUACCUGCGAGCGCCCCACACCUCCCUGAGCCAGGUGCUUGAUGUGUACACCCUUGGUGGUCGUUUGAAGGAUGAAACUACCAUCGCCGGUAUACGGAUUCUUCGUGAGCUUUGGCCCCUCCUGCUGGAUGUGCCUGAAAAUUACAAGGAUGAAAAUCCGUUACCAAGCAAGACUCACCGUACCGCCGGCUUCCUCUACAAUAUCCAUAUCCGCCCAGGCAAGAUUUAUCCGGAGCCUCAGAUUUAUAUCCCUGUCAGACAUUAUGGCAAGAAUGACAUGGCAGUGGCACAGGGUUUGUCGACGUAUUUCCGUCGUCAAGGGUGGAAUAGUCUCGCUGAAUCAUAUCCAAAAGACCUUCAAGCCAGAUUUCCUUCACACUCACUUGACACAGAGCUGGGGACCCAUACAUAUGUCUCUUACUCCUACAAGAAAGAUAAGGGUCCGUAUGUGACAGCCUACUAUUGUCCUAAGGUCUACUCACCUGCAGUUUAA